AUGGAAAUUUCAGGUUGUCACAGUUGUUGGGCGAAUAACGGGAUAUGUGACCUAACGGCCAUUAGAGAGGGAUGGUGGCCUAUAAGUGGUGCGGCUGAUAGAAUGGUGUUGGGGGACCAACCUUUGGUAUCCUCCUACCGUGUCGAUGGCUAUGUUGUACUUGUGGCUGGUUAUGUUGUUCUGACGAGCGGCAAUUGCCAUAAGCUAGCAAUGAACUUCGCCAUGGAGUCAACUGCCGACAUUGUUGGUGCCUAUGUGAGUGGAUAUACUUCCAAUGUCGACGGACCACCUCCGUCAAGGGACUACAGUGGUCUCAUUGGGCUAUUGUUAUCGCCUUCUUAUUGUAUCAACCCUUUAUCCAUCAUUUCCAGAACCUGGUGUCGCACAGUAGGUUAUAACAUACUGGUUGUGCGUCCGGAUGGCGCCAACUGUUGUGAUAUGUAUACGGCUCAUCUCCUAGUUCGUGAGGGAUAG